GCGAGUUCGCGCUGCGCUAGGCUCACAGAUGCGAGUGCGCUGCGAUAGAAGAAAAAACAGGGUCGAAACGACAACCGAAGGGAGGACUGUGUAGUGUAAUCAUGUGUCAAGAAUCACGUGCUGCUGCUGCUGCUGCUACUGCUGCUGGCCUGCUGCUGCGCGGCGAGCGCCGUCGCCGAGGCGGGCCUCGGCGGAGAGCGCGAUUAUGCGGCCUUUUCCGCGACCCGCACAAAGAAGAGGCGCCCUCCGUCAGCCUCGACCUGCCACCGGCUCGCGUCGACCGACCCGGCCGCGUGCCACACCUCCACAGCCCAGUGCGCCAGCCCGCAGAAGUUGCCCUCCUCGAUGCCCCAUCCCGUGGGCCACGCGGCCAAAGCGGUGCCGAGAGGCGGCGGCGGCGCCGCGGUCGCCUCGAGACGCGCCGCGACGGCGUCAAAGGCGAUCCGCCUCGCGCCCGUCGCGGCCGCCUCGGCCAGCAGCGCCUCCCCGGCCAGCCGCGGGAGGUCGCCCUCCGUCUCGAACCAGCACGACGAGCGGCCGUCGGCGCACGCCUCGUCCCACGCCUUGAGCUGGCGGACAAAGGCCGCCAAGCUCUUGAGGCCGGGCGAGGGCGCGGCGGGCGACGGGGCAAGGGAGCAGCCGGGCGAGGAGAGGUAGGAGGUGCUCGCCGGCGAGCGCUCCCGCGCCAGAAUGUGGCCGCAGGAAGAGCCUCCGGCGGGCCUCCGGCGGACGCCUGGCGGCGUGGCGCUGCGCGCCGGCCUGCGGCCCAAAGCCCGAACGAGCGGUCAAGUUAACUUGACGCGCCGAAUCCCUU